UCACUGGUUUCAAAAAAUUGUUUUAAAUAGUAAAUCUACUAGAGAAAAGUUAUACAUAAUAUUAUACGCUAGUUUAUUUCAAAGAAUGUAUAGAAAAGCGUUUUGUUUUUGCCUUGCUCUUUUCGGAGUAGUUAGUGGAAUAUAUGAUAAUGGUAUUAUUGCCAGUCAAGGACAAUAUCCAUUUAUUGUUUCUAUACAAACGAAAGCACUUGGUGAAGAAUUGCAUGUAUGUACUGGAGCUAUUAUCAAUGAACGUUGGGUUGUUACUUCAGCACAAUGUCUAUAUAACUACCCCGAAACAAUCGUUGCUGGACUGAUUUACAUCGAUGACGAAACCGAUUCAAAUAAACAAAUAGUUAAUAUAGAAAAAACUAUUAAAUAUCCCAAGUUUGACAGUGACGGUAAUGGUCAUAACGAUAUUGCUCUAAUAAAAGUAACAGAGGCUUUCCAAUUUAAUGACGUUGUUCAGCCAGUUAAACUUCCUGAAACUGGAGCACAGGGAAGUGGUAAUGCCGAUAUCGUUGGAUAUUCGUAUAAUCUUUUCCAUAACUACCAUCAUCUUGUGUACAGACCAGCAUUGCCAAUUAUAGGAAUUGAUAGAUGCAACGAGUUAAUUAAAAUUUUUGAAGAUUCUAUGUAUCACCAGCUCUAUGCUGACAAAGACAGCAAUAUCUGUGUUCUCGACUAUGCCUACGGUAACAAUUGCAAUGGAGAUUUAGGAGAACCCUUAUACCAAAAUGGUACUCUUCUUGGACUUGCCAGCUUUUGGGUCAUGCCUUGUUUCGAACAUGGAGCUCCAGAUGUUUUUACCAAUGUAGCUUAUUUUGUUGAGUGGAUCAACCAAGUCAGUGAUAAAAGAUAAUUCAAUAUAAAUUAUUAUAAUUAGAUAUUAUUAUAAUAAUAUAAUGAUUAUAAUAUUAUUAUUAACUAUUUUCAAUGGCAAAUAAGCCACAAUUUUACCAAAAAAAUGAUUUUAUUAACGUUUCGAAGCCCAAAUCGGGUUUCGUUGUCAAAAUACAAAAUACUACUAUAUUUUGUAAUUUGACAACGAAACCCGAUUUGGGCUUCGAAACGUACUUACUUACUUACUAGCCAACGCCCACCCUUGGCAUGUUAGCCAUUUGGCGGCGCGCUGACCAGUAUAGACGAGCCGUUUCUCGUAGGCGAUCUUCAUCCUCCUCGGGUGGGUCUGUUAUCAGGGCUGGGCACUCUGGGAGGUGAGCAGCAUCCAUCUGGGGCUGAUUACAUAGUGGACAGUUGUCAUUUUCACGGACGCCGAUGCGAUGUAGAUGGGAGGCCAGGUAGUCAUGCCCCGUAGUUGUUCUGAACGCGGCUACACUGAUGGGUCUCGGCAAGUUGUGAGGGAUUGGUGACUCUAUUAGGUGGGCCCAAGAUUUUUAAGCACCGGCUUGUAUUUGCUGGUCUUUUAUCUUCGCUUUGAUUCCUCUUUUAAUGGUGGACUUUGCUGAUGUGUACGAUUGGAAGCUAGGGGGCUGUGGAAGAGUAGUGCCUUCUUUUGCAAGUUCAUCCGCCGCUUCAUUCCCUUCAACACCGACAUGACUAGGGAUCCAUUGUAAAGUAAUCAGCCACCCUUUUUCCAGCAAGUUCGAUAGUUGGACGCGGCAAGAUAUUGUUUGGGCACAGUCGGUAUAUCGAUUUGUCGACAGGGCGAGGAUUGCGGCUUGGCAGUCGAUGAAGAAGGCAACUUUUUGGGGGUGUUGGAGAUUCUCGAGACUUUUAGCGGCUUCGUGUAUAGCAGCAAUUUCGCCAUCAUAGUUGGUGAGAGGGGCACCCACAGCUAUGGAGCCUUUGGAGAACGUUGAGACAUAUCCUGCUCCUGUUCUUCCCGAGUCCGGCAUCGAGGAGCCAUCGCAGUAGAUGUGGAGCCACUCAUGCGCUGGGUAAUUGGUGUGUAUCGUCUCUAGGGCGGCUUUCCUUAGGACAAUGUCUGACGAUAAGUGCUUCGGGUCGUUAUGGUUUUCAAGACGCAAUUCUGUGUUUGGUAGACAGCGGGCGAGUGUAGUUUGCGCUGGGAAGGGGGCGGCUUUCGACAGGUCAUUGUGGUAUUUUUCCAUGAUUUGAUUUGCUACUGUAAGCGGAGUGGUUUGUGUUUUAAGACGUGAGGCUGCUUGUCUAUAUUCGUCCUAUUUUUGUGGAAGUAUUCGUCUUUGCCUUUCCCAGAAGGUUAACGCGUGUUGCUCUCUGCGGAAUUGUAUUGGUUCAAUGCCGGUCUGGGCUUCCAUUGAUGUAAUCGGUGUUGAUUUUGGAGCACCGGUGAUGACGAGAAGGGCAGUGUUCUGGGCGACUUCAAGCUUGGAGGUGGUGUUUGUACUCGCAGUUAUUGUAGCUUCACUCCCAUAUUCUAGUAUCGGCCGGACAUAGGUUUUGUAUGGUGCUACCAAGACAUCUUGCGUGGCGCCCCAUUUUGUUGCUGUGAGACGUUUGAGCAGUCGACAUCUCUUUGUGGCUUUCUCUUCAAUGUCGUCGAUUUGAGGUUUCCACGUCAUUUUCUUAUCUAUGUACAAACACCCCCAGGUAUUUUGUUACAUCCUCUCUUUCCAGGUCGACUCCUUUGUAUGUCAGCUUGACAGCAGUCUGCUUUGUUGAAAGGGUAAGUACUUGAUAUACGGUUUUGGUUGUACUGACAGUUAGGCAGUUUUUAUCCGCCCAUUUUUCUAGAUUUUUGAGAGCCUGGUUCAUUACUCCCUCGAGCGCUUUCAGACUGCUACUUGAUGCCCAUAUUAGGAGGUCAUCGGCAUACAGGAGGGCAUCAACACCAGGUGUCUUUCUAAUCAUUGCGAGCACAUCGUUUAUCAUUAGGUUGAACAAUUGACAGCUGAUGACAGCUCCUUGUGGCAGCCCUUGUCUUUGUAGUCUGAAUUUGGAACAAUGGUUGUGAAAUUUGACUCUCUGAUAUCUUUCACCGAGAAAAGAUUUUAUCCAAUUGAACAGUUUACCGUCAAUUCCAGACUUCGAAACGUUAAUAAAAUCAUUUUUUCGGUAAAAUUGUGGCUUAUUUCUAAUUGAAAAUAGUUGAUUAUAAAAAUGCUACAAGGAAAUAGCUCUAGAAGAACAAUAAUAUUAUUAGAUAGUAUAAAUUUCUAUUAAGAUUUUACAUCAUUGUGUUUACUCACUUAAAACAAUUAAAGUAUAAGUAGAUUAGUUU